GGUGCUUUAACUCAGACUUAGCCGGCAUUCUUUCACUUUGCUCACAAGGCUCGUAUAAGCCGUUAAAUAAUUUUAUGGAUAUUAAUUACGGGACUAAAACAAAAGCGGCAUUUUCAGUUUCGGUUGCUCAACACAUCAAGAUGUCGCGUGCAGAUGUUGGUGAGUGGUUAGCUCUGCACGAAAGUGUUGUGAAAAUCAAAAGUGGGUUAGAUCCAAAAUCUGAAUUGGAGGAAUCUGAUGAAAAGCCCUUCACCAGGGCAGAGAUAUCGUACAUCAAUAAGCUUCUGAACUCUAACUUAUUUGAGACACGUGAAGCAGAUUUUGAACUGCUACGAUCUGAUCCAAAUCAUCCCUUACACUCAGCUCGCACAUUCCAAGAGUUGAACUUGAAAGAUCCACUCCUCAAGGGUAUCUCACAACUGGGCUUUUACAGGCCAUCCACUAUCCAAGAAAGAGCUCUGGGUAGUUUAAUAUCUGACAACCCACAGAAUAUGAUAGCUCAAUCUCAAUCUGGAACCGGGAAAACAGCAACAUUUCUGCUUGCAAUGCUAUCACGCGUCAACGCAGAUGUUCCUUACUGCCAGUGUCUCUGUAUGGCUCCUACACGUGAACUUGCCCUACAGAUAGAUUCAGUUGGGCAAAAGAUGGCACAAUUUAUGUCUGGAGUAUCAUUUGCUACAGCUGUUCGUUCUCCACGAGCCAAUAUUAAUUCUGAUGGAUUUGUCAGGGAUCAAAUUGUUAUUGGUACACCGGGUACAAUUGCAAAUUGGUUUCGUGGUACAGGACAAUAUCGUAUUGAUCCUACUAAAAUAGUCAUGUUUGUAUUAGACGAAGCUGAUAUUAUGAUUGAAGAAGAAGGCUUCCUGAAUAUUUGUAUGCGAGUUAAAACAAAAUUGCCCAAAAAUUGUCAAAUCUUGUUAUUCUCAGCCACUUAUGAAGAUUCUGUCAUUGAAUUCGCGCAUGACUUUGUCCCGAAUCCAAUAGAAUUUCGUAUAAAGCGUAGUCAACUCCCGUUGAAGAAUAUUAAACAAUUCUAUAUGUGUUUUAAUGAUUGGAUUGAAAAGUAUCAGGCAUUGAAAGAUAUUUAUGGUGGAUUUGCAGUUGGUCAAGCUAUUAUAUUUUGUGCUACACGUAAAGAGGCGUAUUGGUUAGAUGGCAAAAUGAAUUUAGAUGGGCAUAAGGUGUUCAUCCUUUCUGGUGAUUUGGAUGUUUCAGAUCGUGAAAAAGUGAUCGAAGAUUUUCGUUCAUCACGUUUUAGAGUUUUAAUUACUACUAAUAUCUGUUCAAGAGGUUUGGAUAUUCCACAGGUGAAUUUGAUUAUUAACUGGAAUAUGCCGACAACAAGGAGUGGUAAUGCUGACUGGGAGACGUAUUUACACCGUAUCGGUAGAUCAGGUCGAUUUGGCAAAGAAGGUGUAGCAGUCAAUUUUAUAACAAGUGAUGAAAUGUAUCUGAUAAAAGAAUUAGAAUCACAAUUUGAAAUAGAAAUUCCAGCUUUGACAUCUGAAGAUUUAAACAAAUUUUGAAAAUACUCAUAUCGACAGUUACCUGGUUAAAACCUUUGCCUUAUUUCGAUUUCUUGAUUCGUCAACAGUGUUUUUUUGUUUUUGGUCUUUUUUUCACGUUGUAUAUACAGUUAGAUAAAUUCCUUAGGUCUCUGCUAUAAUAUACUAUACUGUACUUUAUGCUUUUCUUCACACGAAUCUUUUCUCCUUUUUUUUCUACUUUUGAUACUGAGAGUAACUAUCAUUACUAUUACCUUUUUAUUUUUAUUUUGUCUUUUUUUUGCCUUUCUCUUAUAUUUAUUUCCUUCGUAAUCUAUAGAAACAGAUGCAAUGAGAGUUGAAUUGUUUUUUCGCCUACUGUCGUUGUGUGGUUGUUAUUUGUUUCGCCUCUCUCUCAUGAAAUUAUCUAAUAAUUAAAUACACACCACUUCGUUUUCUGUGAUUUAAAAAUGGCUUACAUGUGAU